AUAUUGCCAAUCACAGAAACCAGAUAUGGAUAAAUUCGAACUAAUGGAAUUCCAAUAUAAACUUUUUUCCCUGAUGGAAAUAUUGUAUACAUUUGAUUUGGGCGACGAGAUAGGGCGUGGAAAUUUGCAAAAACUGCUUUCGUAUCUUUUAAAAACAUUCCGCCUUGAUGAAAAGGUUAUUGAAGUUGUUGUACGUUGUGCAGAGAAUCUUAUAUCUGAUCAAAAUGCACGCAUACAGCUAUUUGUGGAGAUCAUACAAGAUAUCUGCGGUUUGAACAGUAACCCAAAUGAUCUUUUGCACGAUCGGACAUUAAUCAGCGAAUUAUUGGCGAGCUCAUCAAAUGCAGAUCUAAAUUUAAAAUUAUCUUCGCUAAAGGUUAAGCUUCUUGAUCUGGAGGAACAAGAAAUGAAUUUUGUACAACGUAAAGAUUACAUGCGUGCGCAGCAAAUAACCGAGGAGAAAUAUGCCACCACAGAAGAGUAUACGAACUUGUUGCAACCGCUUUUAGAUAAUCAUCCAAAUGCAGACAUGUCCUAA